GGGCAAAAUGAAUAUACACUAACUAAUGCUGUUGGGUAUUUUUUAUCAUGUUUUUUUUCGAUCUCGUUUAUUGUAUUUUUAACGUCAACUCAACCAUUUUUUUUGACAGAUAUACUAGGUAUUUCAAAUAAAAUUGGAAAUUAUAUUGGAACGUUGACAUUUGCAGAUGAAAUAUUAUCUAUAAUAACCAGUCCUCUUUUUGGCGCAUUAAGUGAUAAAAUUGGAACAAGGCCUAUAACUGUGUUUGGGUUAAUUAUAAUUGGUGCUAGUUUUUUAACAUAUACAUUAGCCAAAAAUGUUUAUCCUGACAUGUUAUUUUUAAGAUUAUUUUUUGCUUUAGGGGCAACAGCCUGUGGAUCCAUGAUAACUGCAAUGUUGACUGAGCUAACUUGCUCGAAUUUCCAACUAAAUAAUGAUAACGAUGAAGAGGAAGAUAUUAUUAUUAAUGAAAAUGAUAAUUACUCAAUUAAUACAAGUUCUUCAAAUAUUACCGGAAACAAUGAUAAAGAUAGUAAUAAAAGAAAUGGAAAAUUGACAUCGUAUGUUGGAAUUGCCACUGGAUUUGGAGCAAUUUUUUCUGUUGUUUUCUUUUUAACAUUACCAGUUAAAUUUGGAAAACAUUAUCCAACUGGGUUAGCAUUGAAAUACUCAUAUCUCACAGUGGGACUGAUUGCGAUAUUCGUGGGGAUUUUUCUAAGUUUUUUGUUGUAUAAAGAUAAUAAAAAAGUAGGGGUUAAUAAAAAAAUACUACAAGUUCUUGGAAAUUUGAAUUAUUUUGAAUUAUUAAAAAUGGGAUUCAAAGCUGCUAAAGAAAGGAAAAUUGCAUUGGGAUAUUUUGGUUCAUUUAUUUCAAGAUCGUCGAGUAUUAUAAUUGGAAGUUUCUUACCCUUGUAUGUUAACGAUUACUUUCAAAGAGAAUAUGACAGAAACUGUUCAUCGAUAAGUGCAAGCACCAUUAGCAUUGCCGGUGGAAAUGGCGAUGAUAAUGAUUAUUGUAGAAAGGCGUAUGUUUAUUCGUCGAUGCUAAUUGGAAUUUCUCAAUUGAUUUCAUUAAUUGUUGCUCCAUUAUUUGGAAUACUAUGCGAUAAAUUUGGCAGAAAGAAUGUGAUGUUAGUGUCAAGUUUAUUUGGCUUUUUGGGAAACUUUUCAAUUUCGUUUAUUAGAAAAGUCGAGAAAAAUUUGGUUUUUCUAAUGGUCUUAGUAUCCUUUAUUGGUAUUUCUCACAUUGGUAACAUUAUUGGAUCGAUGUCUUUAUGCACAGACAAACAAAGAACCUUUAGUGGAGCAAUCUCGGGGGUCUAUACGUUUUGUGGAGGCAUAGGGAUCUUGAUUAUAAGCAAGCUAGGAGGCUACCUCUCAGAUCAUUGGAUUGGGUCCAGUUUCUUGAUUCUCAGUGUGUUCAAUUUGUUAAUGGUGGUUUUGAUUCUCAUU